GGAUUUUAAUCAAGCGUUUAAAAAACCAUAAAAAACUCACUUGUGGUUUCUCUCCACAGUGGGAACAUGGUCGAUGCAAAAGGAGUCUGUUGGGCGAAUAUGCGGCUCACAGCUCUUCUUGUUUUUUGGGUUAACUCGUAAUGUUAUUUGUCUUUUUUAGAUAACCUGCAAAAGCCUCUGAUUAAACUGAGAAUGCAGAUGACAACAGCUCUUGUUUUUGAAGCGGUGAAGUCAUUAGAAGACAAGUGAGUGCAAUAUAUUUAUGUUUAUAGAUGGAGUGUCCCGUGUGCUCCAAAUACCCAAGGAGGAGGAGGACUUGAAGCCCACAUUAUGGCGACUUUGGAUUUCUUAGACAACGCUUCCAUUGAAAUUGAAGAUUACCUGUUGGAGAGGAAUGGUAGCGUUCCCUCUUCCUUCACCAUUCCGCUUGAUUUCAUCCAGGGAGAAGAGAACAAUCAACAAUUAUCUCCUCUUCAUCUAGGUAGAACAAGUCGAACUGAAACUGAAUCAUUCAGUAGUCGCAGAGGGAAAGAAAAUGCUCAAUCUACCUCAAAGAAGCUCUACGUCGACAUGGACUCUCAUUAUACGGACUCUCAAGACGAGUUUCCCGAUCUAUGCAGAAGAUUUGUUUUUCCAAGGGGCAAUACGUCAUCCAAACGACACAGAGCUAUCCACGUUCAAUCUUCAAAGAGACACAGAUCGAGCCACGUUCACAAUUUGUCUGAAAAGAGGCGAAGGAACAGAAUCAAUGAGAAACUGAAAACUCUUCAACUUCUGAUUCCUAAUUCGCAAAAGACAGACAAGGCUUCCAUUCUUGAGGAAGCAAUCGAGUACGUCAAACAGCUUCAACUUCAAGUACAGAUGCUUUCUUCUCCAAAUAAGAUGAACCCAUCAAAUACCAAGGAAAUCCCGUCCUCUGAGAUGCCCCAGAUGUGCAUUAGUAUAAGCUUGGGAUUCACGGGCACAAACAUGACCCCUUCCCAUUCUCCCUGGCAAUGGAAUAGUGGGUCCAUGACAAUGCCACAUGGAGUUCAAGGACAAACAAUACCACCAUGGGCUAACGAGCAAAACAAAAAGUAUUUCCAUACAGUAUGUCUGCCAAUGUUUAAGAAGAAUUCAGAACGCAACAAUACAUGCGAAGCAGGAAGCAGGAAUACUUCACAGCCCCAGUCUCUUUCAGCAACUCAUACUCAGCCGAACUAGCCUGUGAGCUUGCAUGAGUAGAAGAGUUAGAUUUGAAUGGUUGCCCAUCUUUGUAUGUUUUCAGUCGCAGUAGUAAUAAUAUCUUAUAAGCAUCUUUUGAAGUUCCAAA